AUGGGAGAGCGAGCAGCGAGCGAGUGCUCGAGCUGGGUUCACGGGCCGCAUUCAAGGACAAGGCCAGGUGAUAGCGCGACUGCGCAGCACUCUAGCGCUACCCCGCAGCAGCAGCAGCAGCAGCAGCAGCAGCAGCAGCAGGGCUCCAAAGUGGCUCACACCGUGCGCGACCGUACAGCCGAGCUGCAGGCGGAGGUGCGUAGUGCCAUCCGCGUACUGCACGGUUGGUGUCCGAGGCCUCCGCAACCCUCACCCCCGACCCAGCAACAGCAACAAAAUCAAACGCAGCAGAAUCAAAAUCCGCCAGUCACCCAACAGCAGCAGCCGCAAAAUCAAGCUUCCGCUGGAAGGGGCGAAACGGUGCUGAUAGCGCCUCGCAGCCAGCAGCAGCAGAGCUCGACCUCCAACAAUAGCAUGCGACCACCGCCCCCACCACCUCCACCCAGAGCCAGGAGCUCCGCGGAAGGAAAGGGACAUCACGAGGAACCGACUAGUUCCAUUCCUGACUUAGACAAGUGCGUGGAGGACUGGUGCAACGGAGCUGCCGCGAUGACUGUCCAGGAGUACAAGGCAAGAAGCGCCGAGGAAAUACAUCAUCAUCAUCAUCAACGCGCGGACAUUCUCAAUGUACCGCAAGAGUCCGUCGAUGCCGACAAGCAGCAACAGCAGCAACAUCACCAUCAACAAUUGGCUACCAAGCAGCAGGACAGCGAAAAUCUCUUGGGCAGAGUUUUAGCUGGUAAGUAG